UUAUUUUUGCAAAGGAAAAACAAAAUCCACACACUAGUUUUCCAUACGCAAGCGUAGUGUAUAAUCAUUAUGGUAAACGCUAGAUUGCUCGCAGGGACAUGCGACUCGUCAACGCACCCGUCGACUCCCGCACGUGACCAAAUUUUGGAAAGUCACCCCAAAAAAUGUCAACAGAAAAACUAUGAUUAAAUGUACCAAGAAGCAACGGCUAUACGCUGGGGGAUAACAGAAAAACGCAGGACUUAAAUACUGCGUUCUCUGAGUAUUGUGAAUUUACUUGUUCAUGGAAUUUUUUAUGUUUUUUUUUCAGUAAUUAUUAUUGUUUUAAACGGAAGUUUACAUGGAGAGGAGAGUUGCUCUUGCUACACAAUUAUAAAAAUGACACGUCAAUGUCGUGCAACGAACUCUUGUAAAUUUAACAACAAGCAGAUUACUCCAGUAUCCCAGUCUUUGUCGAUUGAUUCAUUUUCCAAUCAAGCUUGUAUGUUCUUUCAUUCCUUUUGCUAUGAAUUUCAGAUGGAGAUAAACGUUGCUCUUGCUACACCUUUGAAAAUGACAUGGCAAUGCAGUGGCCACAGGCAGAGGGCAGAUGUAAAUUUAAUAAUAAGCAUCUGGUGGUCAUGGAAACAGAGCGAGAGUGGGAAUUUGUAAAUAAAGAGAUUCAAACUCGGAAUAGUAGCGAAAAAAGUGAAUGGCACAUCGGUUUGUACAGAAACUUGACAACUAGAAAAUGGACUUGGAUCAAAGGUAAAACGGUAACUAUAAACAAAUGGCAGAAGGAUAAGCCUCAAGACAGUGAUUUUUACACUGUAAUGGCCAAGGAAUCUUUGGAUGGAGUUAAAGGAUCGUUUAGCAGCAUCAAGGGAAACGUUAAAAGAGGAUGGAUUUGUGAGGAAAAAACAGAUAACUGCCAAGGAGUCUGUUUAAUUCAUAAUCCAGUGCCAACGAACUCAAAACCGCCGCCUGGAACUACCAAAUCUACUUCACAAUGGCGGCCGGACUCUUCAACUAUGCAUGACCGCACUACUACAUCAGAUCUUACCAGAGACCCAGAAGGAAGGAAGCAGGCUCAUGACAAAGAUACCUCAGUAGUGAUAAUUCUUGCGUCGUUAGUAGCAGUAUUGUCUGCUGCGUUGCUCAUUCUUGGUGUAUGUUUCUUGUUUUGGCGAAAGAAACAACGAAAAGGUAAAUUACUCUCUUACCUAUAUCAUGUCAGCAGGCUGUUAUUGAUAUCUGUAUUUCGGUUAUUUCUAAAGAACGUUUCAUAUCUAUUUUUAGUCUUUGAUAGAAUCCUAGGAAGUAAGGUACGUUGCUACUAGCUCGUGAUAUAUUUUUUUAACGUAUACUAGUUAAGACUUUGUGUUAUCACCUUCAUAAAAUUGAUUCACCCCUGCAUGGGGUGAUUAAAACUUUUCAUCUUGAGUAAAAAUAAAAAUGAAAAAACAAAAACAAAAAAACU